UCCACAUUCGCAAAUUCGCUACCCCACUAUAUUAUCCGUUCCAUUGUAAACCACUAGAUUUUCCCAAGCUUUUAAAAAUAAUAAUAAAAAAAAGCUCUCCCAAAUUAUUAAACCAUAAAAAGGAUAGGAGAUUAGGAGUAGCAAACAAUUAUUUUCCUUUGUUUUUUCUACUAAGUACUCGUUAUUUUAGUUUAUUUUUCUUAUUUUUUUCACUUAAGCAAAAAUUCAAACAGUUUCGGGUCUUUCCUCAAUGGCUCUCCUUCAGCUAAUCCCUAACCGUUCUUCUUCCUUACUCACUCACCAACCUUCGAUAAAUCACAACGCUGUCAAUCCCUCUCUUUUAGACCCUAAUUUCAAGUCCUUUUCGAAGUCAUCAUCGCUCUCUCAAUCGCGCCGAUUCAACGGCCUCAGCUUACUCCGGUGCUCGGCUUCCUCUUUCCGCGAGAAACACCACACCAAUCCUCCUAAACCUGACGACGUCGUAGAGCUCCCUGUAUUUCCUCUCCCUUUAGUUCACUUCCCCGGCGCUGUCCUCCCUCUCCAGAUCUUCGAGUUCCGUUACCGCAUUAUGAUGCACACACUCCUCCACACCGACCUUCGCUUCGGAGUUAUUUACUCCGACGCCGUCUCCGGCACUGCAGACGUUGGCUGCGUCGGCGAAAUCGUCAAACACGAACGUCUCGUCGACGACCGCUUCUUCCUCAUAUGUAAAGGCCAGGAACGGUUCCGUAUCACCAACAUCGUCCGCACGAAACCAUAUCUCGUUGCAGAAGUCAACUGGCUCGAAGACCGACCAUCUGGCGACGAAGAUUUGGAAGGGUUAGCUAAUGAAGUGGAGAGUUACAUGAAAGACGUGAUUCGGUUAUCAAAUCGGCUUAAUGGCAAACCGGAAAAGGAAGCGCAGGAUUUGAGGAGAAACCUGUUUCCAACGCCGUUUUCGUUCUUUGUUGGGAGUACUUUCGAAGGGGCUCCGAGAGAGCAACAAGCUUUACUGGAGUUGGAAGAUACGGCAGCCAGGUUAAAAAGAGAGAAGGAAACUUUAAGAAACACUCUUAAUUACUUGUCCGCCGCAUCGGCUGUGAAAGAUGUGUUUCCCUCUUCAUGACGAGGGAUUUGAGUAAAGUUAAGCAAACUUUGUUGAGUAUUUGAUGAACAUAUAGAUGUUUGAUACGUAAUUUGUUAUACACCAAGCUGUAAAUUUUUUAUAUGGAAUCACUGCUUGUUUUGACUACUAGUUGUUAGAAUCCUGAAUCAAUUAUUGAUGUUGACAUGGUUAAUUUCCACAAAAGCUAGUCUUUUGGAGAUGUUUUCUACUUUAUGUUGGUGCAACUUUGAUUUGAUUCUUAACUUAGAGUGGAUUGGUGGUUGAUGUGGUUUGGUUUCCUUGAAGUGGGUACUGUUAUUGAAGAGAAAUGAAAACUAGCUCUGUUUUCAAGCUGUUGAUUUUGUUCUUCAUAGCCUAGUUAGCGUGUUCUUAGUUGAUCCAUUGCAGCGUUACGUAUGAUAAGAAAGCUAUUCUCGUCGAUGAACAAAGGAGAAUUCUCGUAUUCGGCUCCAUUUAUUAUCCCAGAAGCACCCCUGAGAUGGCUGUCUUUCUUUUUAGUUUCCCCCUGAAUACAUAAAAAGAACUUAAUUUUUGGUCGUUUUUAUGGUGUAGAUGUGGGAGGAUCUUAUAAAGAAGGCUAAAGAUGGAGGCUUGGAUGUCAACGACGCCUAUGUCUUUUGGAAUGGUCACGAACCUAUAAGAUUGCACACUGAAUUUUGUUGGCUGCUUUCUAAGUCAUACUAAGUCAUAUGAUACAAUCACAGGGUCAGCCUUUGGGACUAGGGAAAACUGGGAUUCACGUUUACAGGACAAGUGAUCUACGAGCUGGAACAAAUCACAUUGCCGAUGGAUUACCGGAAUUCUAGGUGUUUUCUUGCAUGGCCUUGACCAAGGAAAGACUUGACAUGGCAGAAAUGGUCAA